UUCUUGUACAAGGAACUGUUCGUAACAACGCGCAAAUGGCAUUUUCACCAGAGCGGAGAACAAGGUGGCUUCGACAAGGACACCGUCAAGACGGAGGAACGCAAACGAAGUAGGGUUUGUCUGCCUUGCUAUCCACAUCAUGCUGAGUACGCGCGGUCUCAGAACGGUAAAAAUCACGGAACCAGUUUCCCAUCAAACAAUUUUAUUUGAAUCCAUAGAUUUCCACGAAAUAAAACGUCGCCGUCAUGGAUAUUUACAGCUUCCAGUCAUCUAUGCGAAGUCAGCUGGAAAGGAAAUGGGCCUUCUGUUGUGGAGAACGACCUAGCAAACAGUCGAUUUCACGUGCAAGCUUCGAGGGCUUUUCUGUUACAGCGAUAACUGGCAUCGUGACGGCAAGUUGAGACAACCGUGAUACAAGAACGGUCAUCCUUUCUUUCGUGACAGAGCGUGAGGUUUUCUAUGUUGCCUCGUCACCCUACCGGUUCUACUGCAACUGACGCAGGAAUUCGUGCUUCCAGUUAGCACCUGAGUUACCUCUGUAUGACCUUCAUAGUUUCUUCGGAUCGCCGUAACUGCAGUGCUCGAGGAUCAAAAGGCGAUCACGGAACGGCACCGCCGCAGAAUUCUGCCGUAGAGAGCCGGGAUCAGGGGUGAGGAAGUCCGGCUCGCUUCCACAUUCCUGGCUGUCUGUACACCCAAUGUUGAUGCUGACUGCUCAAGAACCGGUGGAGCGGUCCAUUCCCACGACUUCAAAUCUGUCUCAGGCGUGUGUUUCGCGCUUGUUUUUGUUACACCGAAGGACUUAAAGGUCAGAGCUACCUGCUCCGCCGCGAGUCCUGGCUGUGGAAAUGGCCGUUCUGUUUCGGUGCUUUUCUGUUGAACCGCUUGGACGUUUUGUGCAUGUGUGUAGCGGUCACUUUUCACUUUUCGAGUCCAAUCACGGGUUUCAGCUGGAUGGCGUGAGACGGUGUCAUGACGCUUCGACGUGUAGCGUGGUUCAGGAAAUCAAGAAAUGGCGGGGAACGAGGCACCUUCUGCCUCGUCCGCUGCACCAAGCAGUCCCUCCUCAGAGUCGCCUCGUGACCAGGUGUCCUCUGGUGCUCCACGAAGCAACGAGUUUCCGCAGAUUCUCCCAGUCCCGCAGGCAGCCGCGUCCGCUUCUUCCGCCGCUCGCGGUCGAACCGCGCAGCCACAAGCAGACGGAAGUGUUUCUCGCGGAGGCGCUGCCGCCGCAGUUUCAUGUGGAGGUGACGGGAGCACGUCUUCGGCAACAGCAACUGGGAGCAGAACACGAGGUUCGGUGACAGCAUGCGGGAUCAAGGUCCUUUCGUUGCCCGAAGCGAGUCGGAGUCAGAAACAAACUCUGUCUCGCCCAGACGUGCUGUCUCGCCAUGCUCACCAGUAUGUGGAUAUAAGGGAACUGCGAAAGGCCGUGGCCUCUGAGCCCGGCCCUCUCAUCUUGCCUCCACCCGGCCAGGUUGGAGCGCCGGUACCGGCCGCUGUCCCCACACCCGCAUGGCCUGGCCUCCAUGAUGUCGGUCUGUCCACGCAGAAAGGCGUUAAAUCUUCCGAGGGCAUUCCGACCGGUUUUUUCUUCCCCUCUGAGUUGAAUCCUUCGCCGUCCUCACUUGCCGGUGGAAUCGUGACCUUCGCUUCUCCCGAUUUCUUCCCGGCCACUGUCUCCGGUUUGGCGGCGAGCACGUCGAUGAGCUGGCCUGUCUCCGUUGGCAUUUCCGCUGGGGGUCGUGGACAUGCGGCGACCACUCCCUUCGCAGCUCCGCCUGGUGCAGCGGCUUAUCCACUUUCCCAUGCACGAAUUCCAGGAGGAGAUCUUGUCUAUUACCUGACUGCAGGUGUCGUGCUCCCAGGAGGAGCCGGCGCGGGCGUUGUCCCCGCAGGCGCCCUCGGGGCUGGCACAAUCCUUCCUCCCGGCGCAACAUUUCUCUCGCAUGCAUCUGCUGGAGAGAACAAUGGUGGAGCCAUGGUCUCUGCGCAGAACGCCAGAGUUGGCGACCACGUGGCUCUAGCGGGGAAGGCGAAACAGGGGGCCAAUGCACAGCACAACACAGGGGGGGGAUCUGAGAACCCGGCAGAUGGGCAGACCAGCGACGCCGCAGGCUAUGGAGAAGACGGGAGGACAGGCGAGGGCGGCAAAGCAUCUACUCGAGUUCCUCGCCUCAUCGCGCAUGUUGCCCUGAUGCAGCAGCUGAUGCCCAGUUUCCUGGAUGAGAGACCUGCUCAUCAACUUCAGGGUGUCGAGGCGUUGAAUGCUCUCCUUCUUCACUCAAAAAAGACCCUUUUCCGGUGGCUUGAAGAGUGCGGAUCAACGACUGCAGCGGCUUCGUCAUGCUCUGCGUCGCGCUGUCCUGACACUUCUUCCAGCCCCGUCGGUUCCUCGACCGGGAUGGAGACUCAGUCUCUGGCCUUCUCAGGGGGUUCGAUUCCUCCACCGGGCUUGGACUGUCUUUUUCUGAGUGUUCGCGUGUCUCUGCUUCACCUCAUUGCGGGAGGUUUGCUGACUUCCGCUGAGGUCGCGGCUCGGUGUGCGGCUAUCCGGUGUCUUGCUCUCUUGGCUCACCUAGCUGCAGCGGGCGCUGUCUUCGCGGGACCCGCGACACUCGCGGCGCCUCGCGCGGAGGGGAACAAACCGCAGAGACAACACGGGGAUCUUCCGACUGACGCAGCGAAGAUUCCCGCACUCGUGCUCGGCGCCUCGCGGCGGGCGAGGGAGGAGCUCGCCGCCCAAACACAACAGGGGAAGAAGAGCAUACAGGAAAAAAGUGAGAACGAUGGGCCAGCGUGGACAGAGGCUGAAUUAGAAGCUUGCGAAGGUGCCUCAACCAUCGUCCGUUGUUGCCUCAUUCUUCUUGCGCACAUGACAGGUGACUGCUGCACCAUGGGCCGCCUCGCAGCCCUGUCUGCUCUGACGUCUCUGGUGCCUUUCAUCUCUCAAGAGAUGGCUCUCGCCUGUCUGCAGCGGCCACUGUUUCCUCCGACGACUUCAAGCCCGCUCGCGCGCCUCCGAACUCUGCUCAGAACGGAUCUCGAGGAAGCAACAUCGAGAGCGAGGAAGACGGCGGAGGUUGCAUCUGAGCAGAGUCUCCUCGCAGAGCCUUCUGCAAGUGGCGACUCUGUCUCGAGUCCCUGGCGCCUGGCUGGGAUAGCCGGGACGCUCGCUGGCGAGGGCGAGCGCGCCCAUCGUUCCCACCAUACCGUGGCGGGCCAGGAGCUCCAGACUAGGAUCUCUCAGUUGCCGCUGCCUGUCGGCUGGCUUUUGCUCUCUCUGGACGACAACAAUUUUCGCGUCCGACAAUCGGCAUUCGUUCUGCUUCGUCGGCUGCUGGAGAGCUACACUCGGGACGCGGACGCGUUAAAGGAGAGCGAGAAGAAGACGCAGCAGGGCAGCAACUCGUUUACGCAGACCGUUCAACUCCUCAUCUGGGACUACCUCUCGGAUCCUGUGCAGGUCGUCCAAGCCGCGGCCGCCGCAAUUCUUCCGCCUCUUUCUCUCACCAUUCCUUUGCGCGACGGCGCUUUCCGGCGAGCGAUCUUUCCGCUGCUGCAAGCGAAGGAGAAAUCCACGCGCAUGAUCUUCCUGCGGAUCUUGCCGCUGUGCAAAACCCUGAACGCCCGCGGGCGCAAAGUUGAAGUCCAGGGCCUCCUGCGGUGUCCUUACAGCCGAGAAGACGAGCACGAAGUCGCCGCGUGCUUUGCAGAAGUCGUCUUCGCGGCGUACCACGGGCUCUGGGACAAAAUUGCUGGACGCGGAGAGACCGGAGGGCGUGCAGGCGGAGACCAGAGUUCGUACAGUUCCGAAGCGAGAAAGAAAGAAUUGGAAAUGCUCCACGUCUUCCGAAUUUUCGCUCCUGCGAGUCGGAGAAAACGAACGCAGCUCGCUCUUGCCACCAACUGGGGGAGGCGCGAGUGGGAACUCCGUCUUCUGCCGCUCAUGCGAAGAGACGCCGGCGCGGCAGGAGCUUUCCAAAAGCUGAGAGAACAAGAGGCAGAACACGGGGGCGAACAAGAGAGAGAACACACCGGUCAUCUGUCGGACUCAGAGAAAAGCCGCACCUGUUUCAAUGGGCGCAGUCCGGCAGGCAGACCAGGGAGGCCAGCUGAAGGAGACGAACAAGAUGCGGUGCCUGUUUUCAGCGGGCGAGAGAGGAACGUUUCUAGGGACCGCGAAGGCGCCUUUCUGUCUCCAUUCCUUCUUCUCAAGAAAGAGCGAGAAGAAGAAGACAACCGUCUGACUCAAGUCUUGCCUCUCGACGUCCAGCUGAGCAUCCCGGAGACGGCUCUCCAGUUUUCUCUCGCCUUCCAGCGCGUCCUGCCGACGCACGCUAUCGAGCGUCAGCUGGCGGCAGCCGACUGUCUCCUGAGCCACCUCCACCUAGAGGAGGAAGACAGACAGGAGGAAGGAGACUUUUCUGCUGACGAGACAGAUGGAAGGCCGGAUCCGGGCGGGUCUUGCUUGGCGCGAGAAGAUGCUGACGGAGGCGGGGCGUCGGGGUGCACGCAGGUGCAGAGACGGGGCUCUGCAGUUGGAGACGUCCUCGCAUGUGCAAGGCGAGACUCAGAUAUGUCGGUUGAACCUGAAAGAGAGGCGAAGAAAGGCGAAGACAGUUGCCUUGACCUCGCGCUCGCUGUCUGGUUGCGGCGACGAGAGACGCGGUUCCCUCGUCCGGCGACUCGGCGGCGGUCGUUUUCUCGCCUGUUUUGCGACAGAGGCUCGCGAGGCGCGAAGCUGUCUCUCGUUUCUCUUCUCGAUCGCCGCCCCUGUUUCCAACGACCUGGUGAGCGCGGAACAACAUCGGAGGCUUCUCCCACGCUGCUGAACGACGAACUGUGGCGCCUGCUCCACAGUGAAAUUCCCUGCCGAGCAGGCACGUGUCGCCAGGCGUUGCGGAGCAUCCGCCCAGUUCUCGCGUUUCCUCUUUCGUUCCCUUUUUCGCCUUUCAAGGGAUCCCAGAUUCCGUCUCAGAGGCCUCUCAGUUCCUCCGCGAAGUCGCUGAGUCUCGAUGGUCUCUUCUCUUUCGAGGACGAGGAGGAGCGGCUCUUCCGAUUCGUGGAAAGACGAGCGCGGAAGGUGGGAAGCGGACUUGCGACUCCAGGAGGGCGUUCUCCAACAGAUCGCAGUUUGAACAGGCAGCGUAAGAGCCAGGUGCCUGCUGCACAGAAGAGCGAGGCGAGGGGUCCUACCGGUGGAGGCGCGUUCGAGCGACCUGUCUCCGAAGAUCCGGCUACUGUAGUCCUCCCCCUUCUGCCUUCGCCUUCUCUCGCGGACGCGCUUGUUCUCGCAGUGCUGCAGAGAGAGAGAGGACGCGAGAGGACGAGGCAGAGAGCCAAGAGAGAGAGAGACGCGCGAGCAGAAGCAGCGUAUGCGCAACAGUGUCCCAGCACAAACACCAAGACACUCGCCUCAUGUCAAACCCAAGAAGAAAACUUGGGGGCACCAGGAUCGGGGAAGCGACCCCGCCUUUCGCUCUUUUCCUUCUCUGUCAACGCAAAACUUUCAGCGAAGCCUGCGGUUUCAACCUCUCAGGAGAAAAGGGAGGUGCCAUUUCUCAAGGGUCCUUCCUCCUCUUCUUUGUCUUCGUCCUCUUCUUGUUCUUCUUCCUCUUUUGCUGGCGUCCUUGACAGUGACGAAGGGAGUCUACGGCCUCAGGGUGUGCCUGUGCGCCACAGGCACAGGGCCUCGGGGUGUUUCUGUUCGUCGGACGCUCCCGUUCGAGCCCAACUAGCGAUCCGAGCGAGUGCGUGGGCCACACAAGACAGCCUCGCAAGGGCGAAGAAGAGGUCGCUGUCUCCAGUCUGCUUUUCCUUCCUGCUCGAAGGCCAGCGAAAGAGACGACGAGGUGGCGGAGGUGCCUCUGCGGGCUGGUGGGGUCUGGCGGGGGCGAACGGGGACAGCGAAGAACGAGGCUUGUGGGAAGAGGAGGACGAGUCCUCGUGGAGGACUAUGGUCGACCGAGAAGGCCCCCAAAGCGAGACAGCGAUAGAGCCGUUGGCACAGACGCUGGAACUCCGGCCGCCUGUCUGGUCGAGCCUCUGUCGCAUGUUGUGUCGCGAAGCGUUGCUGCGCGAGCAAAGUAUGCUCGCUUUCGCUCUGUUCCGGUUCCGGAGGCCCGGACCGGCAGGCUGUCCAAUCUCAAAGACCCAGCUCCGUUCUUCUCGCUCUUCCUCCCCCUCUUCUUCUCUUUCGUCUUCUCCUGCCGCUUCUUCUUCUCUCACUUGUCCUUCUGUGAGUAGUCCACCGACGGGAUGUCUGUCACUGUCUUCUUUGGCUCGGAUUUACGUCAAAGCUCGAAGGUCAGGAGCGUCUGCAUCUUCGCUCGCGGCGAGUCUCCCCCGCUCCUUCUGUGUGUGGCGCAACGUGCUCGUGUCGAGUCGACUCCAGGCCAUUGCAGCCACGGCUCUCCUAGCGUCUCCUUCUCUUGUCAUCAGUCCCCCAGAUCUCCUUCCCCACUCGCGCCUCUUGGGUCUUCUCUCCCGCUCUUCCUUUCAGCGCGACUUUGCGUGCGGAGACUCACCCCGGGACAGGGCCGAUGCAUGUGCUGAGACAUUGUGGGAAGCAAAUUCUCGCUGCGCUUCAAGAGGACACUCUUAUCUCAACUCUCAGACACACUCUCUCUCUUCUUCUCCAUGCUCUCUCUCUUCGUUGUCUUCUCUGUCUUUUCCCUUUGUUGUUUCUCUGGAGUGUCCGAACUGGGAAGUGGCCUUGGAGGUGUACAUACACCAGAGCGUGAUUGCGUCAACGGGGCUCGCGGCGUUGCUUCCCCUGGAAGGCGGCGAGGGGACCAGCGAGGGGCGGACGCUGGCGCGAUCCAGCUGCAGUUUUUCACCGUUUUUCAGUUCAUCGGGUGCCUUGGCGCUGUCUAGGCAAAGUCCUGCGAGCGCAGACAUGUCGCGCCUGCUUCUUGCGGAGGCUCUCGCAGGCCUAGUGCCUCGUCCUCUUCGCUUCUCGUGUAGCAGGGGCGCAGUCGUGUGGCUGGAGGCGACGGUCGAUGUGCUUUUCGCGGACUCGGAAGAAGACUGGGAGCGGGAGUCUGUCGGCGUGCUCAGAGCCUCCACGCAUGCGCGAGGGGGUGCUGAGAGCGGCUUGAAAGUUCCAGGCGCGGCCGGGGCGUCGAGUUGGAGGAGACAGAAACUGUGUGCAGCGGUCCGGGAGCUCUCCUGCGUUCCAGUUCGGACGUUUUCCGAGUCGAAAGCAGAGAGAGAAGAAAAGCGAAAACACUUGUUCCGAGAGACCUCGGAUUUGGUGCUCUGCGUCAAGGGGACGACGGCGCUUCGCGUGGAGUCCAGAGCCGGGCAGCCGGGGUGCAAGAGGGAGGAGAGAGGAACUCAGUUCCGUGACCUGUCCGCCUUUUCGCCUUCCCGCGCCUCGAGCUCUUCUGCGAAUGUGGAGAAGGCGAACGCUUUUGCGAGACCGAAGGCGGCUCUGGAGAGGCUGCAGACCGCGACGCCGGGCGCAGGGCGAGAAGCCGACUCUGUUUCCUUUUCCCGACAAACGCCGUCCCUGCUGGUUCGCGCCGUUUUGGCGGGUACAACGAAGAGUGUGCGGUCGUCGUCGCUUUCGCAGGUUGACACCGAAGAAGAACGCAGAAACUGCGCAGUCGGCCGCGGACCUGGACCUGAGACUACAUCUCACUCCGGUGUUUGUACGCCAGAGGGCGACGACAUGAGAGAUCAGUGGAGUCGUUGGGGAGAUGGCGAGCACCGCGAAGACUGUCUGUCGGCGGUGGGUCCGAAACAGAAACGACAAACAAGUGGUGUAACGUUCUCGUCAGCAAACGGCCCGAGGGCUGCCUACCCUUCUUCGAGGGUUUCAAGCCUCCUACAAAGCAGGACUUCUCUCGAUUCCUGUUGCUCUGCUUCCGAGUGUAUCGGGGGUCAGGAUUUGAGAAGUGUGACGUCUUCGCUGGACUCGAGGCGAUCCGCGUGGAACGGCGUGCAGAUUCGCAGAAAGCCAAGCUCUGCGGUGCUCCCCACUUCCACCGUUGUCGUGCCUCUCUUCGCGUCUGGCGCCGAACUUGCCUCUUCGCCUCCCUUCGCUGGACGUUCGCAGUCGACGCGCGAGCGCAGGGCCGCACAAAUUGGGGUCGGGCGCCCAGGCACAGCCUCGGGACGCGCCUGUCCAAACUCGAGCUGUCCAGACACCGCAGAGUCGGAUGCAGAUCGCGACGAAUCUCCCGACCUACAAAACAUAGGGAUGAAGACGAAGAGAAUACAGUUCUUUCGUGUGCACGAAGUCGAGAAACUGACGGGCAACUGGGCGAGAGCACGAGUCACGUUUCCCCUCUGUAUGGACGCCGCCACGAGUGGGCCCUUCCCUGUCGACUUGGUCGUCUGCGUCAUACAAACCGGGAGGGUCGAGCACUGCGGUCAGCGCCAGCGGGAGGCGUCGCUUUCAACAGGUUGCACGAGACGCGUCGUCGGAGCGAGCGAAAUGCAACGCAAGCAGACGAACCCCCAAAUUCUGGUCUCUGUAAGUGAUGCGAAGAGGAUCUGGCUGCAACCUGAGUGGGUCUGAAAAGGUUUCACACUUCCUGGACGGAAAUUCGAGCAAAAAGCGUGAGCGGCGAGCUGAAUGGGGAAGACGAGGAUACGCAGACUCAAGGGAGGAAGAGACACUUUUGGGGGGAGAGGGAAAAGCACAGGCAGACGCCGAGGAGAAAGAAGGGAACACGAGGACCUAGAACGAACAGAGUCAGCGCAAGAGAGAACAGAAGAAGAGGCCGAGUGGAGGAAACGUUUUGAUUGAGGUGAAUUCCCUUGUUUCGCUUUUGUUUCUGGUCACCCUCGUGGGCUCACUAGCGGUACGAAGACGCAGCAGAAAAAGGAACCUCUGAAUGUGCAAAAGGUGCUCGACUUCUGCCGGCAAUGUUCCGCUUUCUUCGGUUCUGUCACUUUGAAAAGAAACGCGGAACGCGUUUGUACCAACUGUCGUGCAUGUGCCAGUUUUUGCCCGUGUGAAGCUAAAAAGGAUAGACGCCCAUUUGCCGAUGCAUUUGCAAGAGUAACCCAUGGAAGCAUGCGUGCCGCUCAGUUAAUCGACUGCCG